GUGCUCCUGGGCGGGGAGGUGGUACAGAGGCUUCCUUGGGGAGAAUUCUGCUACAUGCUGAGGUGUGGGCUGGAACCACCCAGGCCUUGUGAGCCAGUGAAGAGAAUACCCAGCUCUGCCCUGAAGACUGGGGGAGAGGGCCAUCCUCAAGGCCGAGACUAUUUUCAAAGGAGAAAGAACUGGAUGCCUGGUCAAGCCUGCUCCUCGAGGGACUGCCAUGGACUCAGCAACCAAGGAUGAAAUGCAGCCCUCACUUCCCCCUGGCUCUUCCUGCCCAGGGCCUGGGUGGCCAGAGCAAGAGAGGGCGGAGCGGCUGGCCCGAGGAGCAGCACUCAAAUGGGCCUCAGGUGUCUUCUACCGGCCAGAGCAGCUGGCCAGACUGGGCCAGUACCGCAGCCGUGAGGUUCAGCGUACCUGUUCACUGGAAGCACGCAUCAAGUCGGUGGUGCAGUCCUACCUGGAGGGCGUGAAGACGGGUGUGUGGCAGCUGGCCCAGGCUUCUGAGGCUGUGCAGGGCGCCCGUGAGGCCCUGGGCCAGGCCCAUGGGUUGCUGCAGGGUACGGCAGAGGCCAUGCAGACCCUCAGACCGCUGCGGGAGCAGGUGGCGCAGCACAAGCAGCUGCAGGUCCUGUCUCAGCUGCUGCCCCGGCUCUGGGCAGUGCCAGCCACAGUGGCCCACGCGCGGAGCCUGAUUGAUGCCAGGCAGCUCUUGGAGGCAUAUGUGUGCCUUCGGGAGCUGGAGAAGCUGCAAGAGGAGACGUGGGCACCUCUGGGGGGCCUGGAGUUGCCAGUCUUCGAGGGGCUGGGCCCCCUGGCUGAGGCUCUCGGCCAGGCAGUGGAGGCAGCUGCCGGGGCCGCAGGGCAGCUGGCGCGGGAGGACCCAGCCCAGCUGGUGGCUGCCGUGCGUGUGGCGGAAGUGGAUGCUGGGUACACAGCCUCCCUGGAGCUGGCCCCCAGGGGCUGGCGGCAGCGCUGUCUGCAGGCAUUGCAGGAGGGCCUGGACAGGACCCACUUUGGGACGCCUCUCCUGCCUGAGCCGGGGGCCCUGGCAGGGUGGCUGGAGGCUCUGCGGGUGGCUUUACCAGCCGAGUUGUCUAUAGCUGAAGCACUAGUAGCACCCUGCUGCCCACCGUACUACAAGGUGGUCCAGCUGUGGGCCCACACCCUGCACAGUGGACUGCGCCGCUGCCUGCAGCAACUCCUGGGAGGGCCUGAGCUGGGAGCUGCUGAUGCCUUCACCCUGCUGCACUGGGUACUGCAUGUGUACCUGGGGCCAGAAAUGAUGGGGAGCCUAGAGUUGGGGCCUGAGGCUGACGUGUCUCAGCUGGAGCCCCUCCUGACCCCAGAGAACAUUGAACAGCUGGAGGCAACAUUUGUGGCCCAAAUCCAGGCAAAUGUGACCCAGUGGCUGCAGAAGGCACUGGAUGGCGAGGUAGCUGAGUGGAACCGAGAGCAGGAACCUGGCACAGACUCUUCUGGCUUCUACCACUCACCUAUGCCGGCCAUAGUGCUGCAGGUGCGUGGGAAGAGGCCAGGCAGGUGGGAAGCCCCCAGAGGGAAAGGGGAGGAGAAAAGAACUUGGACUCUGCUGAUGACCACCCGUUGCUGCCUGCAGAUCCUGGAAGAGAACAUUCGCGUGAGCAGCCUGGUCAGCAAGUCACUGCAGCUGCGGGUGCAGGGCAUGGCACUCUCGGAACUGGGCACAUUCCUGAGGAGCUUUAGUGAUGCUCUGAUCCGAUUCUCCCGAGACCACGCCAGGGGGGAAACAAUGGCCCCUCGUUACGUGCCCUACCUGCUGGCCACCCUCAACCACCAAUCAGCACUCAGCUCCUCCGUGUCGGUCCUGCAGCCCGACGGGGCGGCUUCAGGAGCUUUGGCUCCGGUGGAGACAGCGCUGGACGAGUUGCAGAGGAGGAUCUGCCGCCUGGUGUUGGAGGCACUGCUGGCGGAGCUCCAGCCCCUGUUCGCGGCUCUGCCCUCACGCCGGUGGCUGUCGAGCCCAGAGCUGCUGGACAAUGUGUGCGAGCGGACGGCGCACGUCUGCCAAGAUUUUAGGCGCGUGCGGAAUCCUGCGGCCCAGCUGCUCCUGGCGGAGGCGGAACGUACGGUGGUACUGCAGUACCUGCGUGCGCUGAUGCAGGGCCGCCUGGUGUGCCGAGGAGCCGACGAGAGGACCCAGGCGGCCGAGCGCCUGCAGCACGACGCGGCCCAGCUUCGGGAACUUUUCCUUGGUUUGGGCCUGGAGGAGAGUGUUCAGUGCGCGCCAGUGCUCCUCGCUCUGCGGGAUCUGCUGAACCUCCGCGACCCCGUGCUGCUUGGCCUCGAGGUGGCAGGCCUGCGACAAAAAUUUCCAGACGUGAGCGAGGAUCACGUCUCUGCCAUCUUGGACCUGCGCGGGGACGUGUCGCGGGAGCAGCGCCUGGCCGCACUCAGCUCCUUGCAGGCGGGCCCACAGCCCUCGCCCUCUGUCGGUCGCCGCGCACUCUUCAGCCUCGUCCCAGCACCUGCUCCUGCGCUGUCCUCCUGCCUUCCCUCGGGGCCCUGUUCCUGACGCCGGGCUGCCCUCCGGAUACAGUG